AUGAAGCAUAAUUGCGGCGAUUUGAAAGUGAAAUGGAAUCAUCAUGGCCACAAAUAUAAAUUUAUUCUUACACAGCAAGAAUUAGCUCAAAAUGAUGCUUUUGAAAUUUUAUUACGAAAAAUUCGUCGAAGAUUGCCAGAUUUUAAUGAUGUAUUAGCAAGUAAUGAUAAAUAUGGUAAUGAGAGUAUUGUGGCAACAGAUGAUGAAUUUCGACAACUUCUACUUCUUGGUAAACGACGUUUAAAAAUAUAUACAGUACAACGAUAUUUAUACGCACAUCCAUUUCGAUCCGAUUCAGUUUCACUUGAUAUUGCUCGAUUAGAACGAUCAUCGCUACGAUCGACAAGUUGCUUACGAGAGCCGCCACCAUCGUAUCGCGAAAGUCAAAAAGAUGCAUUACUACAAAUUUUUAAUUCUUACCACAUUUUACCUCAUUGGGGAAUUGCUCCAUUUUCUUCUAUGCCAUUAUCUAAUUUCGAUUAUGGUUUCGGUCAUUGCAAUGCUACCAUUAGCACUGGUACCGGUAGUGGACGUUAUGGACAAUCACUUAUUUAUGGUUAUCCACCUCUAUCACCCAUGAUGUAUAGCUUUUUAUGUUCACCGUUUCCAUUUGGUGGACAUCAUCGAAGUUGGAUUUGUCGAUCAAAAUGUUUUAGUUUAAGUUGA